GUGCUGACCAGUGAAAUUUUGGGCUCUGGCCCAUGAACUAAAGAGAGGGGGCGCUGUUGAUACAAACUGAGCGCAGGCGCUUCGCAGAAGAAGAAACCGGCGUCAGUAAAACACCAACGAAGAAGAAUACAGUUCAUGGGUCGUGUGAUGUAGCGAAGGUUAAUAUCUAACACAAAAACACACAUUUAUGAAUAUAACCUGGAAAAUAUGACCGGUAUUGGAGAGAAACAGUGUUGUCUGAUCUAGGCAGUGAUGAGUGUCCCGUGUCUCCGGUGGGCUGUGGGCCGGAGCCUCAACCUGCCCGGGGCCGGUACCGGCUCAGGUACCGGGCUGCUCUGGCUUCUGGGCUCCAGAACCACCACCAGAAGAGAUAUGUCCUCCAGAAGAAAAAUGGACCACCUAGAGAGGACGGCGAGUAAUUACAGACAAAAUGGUCUGUAUCCUGCUCAUGUAUGUGGAAUCAUAAAAGAGUCAGAGACUGUAAAAAGGCUGAGGAUAUCUGUCCAUCCAGACUUUCUCUUCAAAGCUGGGCAAUGGGUGGAUUUCUUCAUCCCUGGUAUGGAGAAGGUGGGGGGUUUCUCCAUGUGCUCCGGUCCUGGUUUGCUGCAGCGUGAGGGGGUCAUUGAACUGGCUGUCAAAUACUCCAAACACCCUCCAGCACACUGGAUCCACACUGUGUGUACAGUCGGCUCUCGUGUGGACAUGCGGGUUGGUGGGGACUUCUUCUUUGAUCCAUCCCCCUCUGACCCCUCUGUGGAUUUGCUCUUGGUAGCUGGUGGUGUAGGAAUCAACCCCCUUUAUUCCAUCCUGUUGCACACAGCAGACGUACUGCGUCUCAACCGAGCCUCAGGUAGCAGGAACUACAACAUUGGCUCUGCGCACCUCUGUUACAGCGCUAAGAACAUUCAGGAACUGCUCUUUAAGCACUCCAUCAUUGAGAUAUGUAGAGAGUUUCCUGACAAAUUCUCCUGCGACUUCCACGUCACGAACCAGGACUCAGAAGUCGACCCACACUUCCAGCCAUUUGUCAAAAGUGGAAGAAUCAAGGAGGAGGAGUUACAGGCUCGUGUGGACCCUCAAAGGACUUUAUGCUACUUGUGUGGACCACCACCCAUGAUCGAAGCAAUGUCCAAAUCCCUCAAGGAUUUCGGGCUCCCAAAAGACAGGAUUAUCUUUGAGAAGUGGUGGUAGGGCUUCAGAUGAGUAUCAGGAACCAACAGUUUUCUACCUUCUCGUAGGCAUCCCAAGGAGGAUAUAUGGGGUUUGAAUGAAAUGGAGUCAAAUUUCAUAAUGAUCUCAGCAAUGAAAGCUGGGGUUGACAGGGGAAUUCAUCCUUCGAUCCAUCCUGCUGCUGCUGCUAUAAUGUCUACCCACACUUCACCUAGCAACGAACUCAGAGAUGAAUUUUAUUCCCUUUAAUCUAACCGAAGAGACAUCUGCAACUUCUGCACACACAUUUCCAGCAAAUUCAUGCCUGCCUUGAGAGAGGAUUUAAUGUUUGCACACCUUCCUGCCUAUGCAGACUUGUCCUGAAACAAUAGUCCAUCAGUUCUGGAAAUAUGUGUUGGUUUUUUUUUCUCUUUUUAAAUUAAAACAGUUCCCCUAACAGAACGACUGCAUCGCAGUUUCAUGUAGGAUUGUUCCAAACUGCCUGCGUGAAGUCCCUGCAUGUGGAUGUAAAACAGUCUGGUGCAUACUUUUGUCACACUUGUGUAAAAGAAGCUGAUCAGAACAAAAAAUAAUCAUUGCAUGCUGUGGCUUAGUUUUUAGUGGACGGAAGCGAGUUUUGGUAAUAAUUUACUUAUUAAACCUCAGACAAGAAACAGUGUUUUUGAAAAUUUCAAACCAUUUCUUUAACAUUACCCAGGUGUUGAAACACUUCUGAACAUACGAUGUGUGUAUAUACUACAUUACUUUUUAUUUGCUGAAUUAAAAAAAAUAAUUUUGGCUGACGAGCCCAAACACA